CACCGGAGGAGGCAGCUGCGGCGGGGCCGGUAAUGGGCCUAGGGGUGCGGGGCGGAGGGUGCCGCCUCGUCCUUUCUCGGGAUCGGCCCUCGGGCGGCCGUGGAGGAGUGGUCAAGCCCAGAGCCGUGCGGAUGGAGGGCAGUGAUAAUUGUGCUUUUGAUCUCAAGUUCCUCUCACUGGUCCCUUGGAGAGCUUUCCUGUGAUCAGAAGAGCAGCUACUGUGAUUCCUGGGUUAAUGAAGCCUAGACCCCAGCUGGAUUGGAAGCAGAGGCCUUCCCUCCACUGGGAAAGAAUCCUAAUGUACCUGGCUAGCUGGUGGUGAACAGGGGAUUUGGGGCCAACUUGGUGGGCUCCCCAAGGAAACCCCUUUGAAACCAAUGGAUGCGUUCACGGCCUCGGGUCUCAAGAGGAAGUUUGAUGAUGUGGAUGUGGGCUCAUCAAUUUCCAACUCAGAUGAUGAGAUCUCUAGCAGUGACAGUGCUGACAGCUGCGACAGCCUCAAUCCUCCUACCACUGCCAGCUUCACACCCACAUCCAUCCUGAAGCGGCAGAAGCAGCUGCGGAGGAAGAAUGUACGCUUUGACCAGGUGACUGUAUACUACUUUGCCCGGCGCCAGGGUUUCACCAGCGUGCCCAGCCAGGGUGGUAGCUCUUUGGGCAUGGCUCAGCGCCAUAACUCUGUACGGAGCUACACACUCUGUGAGUUUGCCCAAGAACAGGAGGUAAACCAUCGAGAGAUUCUGCGUGAGCACCUGAAGGAAGAGAAACUCCAUGCCAAGAAAAUGAAGCUGACCAAGAAUGGGACAGUGGAGUCGGUGGAGGCCGAUGGCCUGACACUGGAUGAUGUAUCAGAUGAAGAUAUUGAUGUGGAAAAUGUGGAGGUGGAUGAUUACUUCUUCCUGCAGCCUUUGCCCACCAAACGGCGACGGGCCCUGCUGAGGGCUUCUGGGGUCCACCGCAUUGAUGCUGAAGAGAAGCAAGAACUUCGAGCCAUCCGCCUGUCUCGGGAAGAAUGUGGUUGUGACUGCCGACUAUAUUGUGAUCCAGAAGCGUGUGCCUGCAGCCAGGCUGGAAUUAAAUGCCAGGUGGAUCGCAUGUCCUUUCCGUGUGGCUGCUCCCGGGAUGGCUGUGGGAACAUGGCUGGGCGCAUUGAAUUUAAUCCAAUCCGGGUCCGGACUCAUUACCUCCACACCAUUAUGAAGCUGGAGCUGGAGAGCAAGCGACAGGUGAGCCGCCCAGCAGCAGCCCCAGAUGAGGAGCCCUCCCCCACUGCCAGUUGCAGCCUGACUGGAGCACAGGGCUCUGAGACCCAGGACUUCCAGGAGUUCAUUGCUGAGAAUGAGACAGCAGUGAUGCACCUGCAGAGUGCAGAGGAACUGGAGCGGCUCAAGGCAGAAGAAGAUUCCAGCGGCUCUAGUGCCAGCCUGGACUCAAGCAUCGAGAGCCUGGGUGUGUGCAUCUUGGAGGAGCCCCUGGCUGUCCCCGAAGAGCUGUGCCCAGGCCUUACAGCCCCCAUUCUCAUCCAGGCUCAGCUGCCCCCAGGCUCCUCUGUCCUAUGUUUUACCGAGAACUCAGACCACCCAACUGCCUCAACGGUGAACAGCCCAUCCUAUUUGAACAGUGGGCCCCUGGUCUAUUAUCAAGUGGAGCAGAGGCCAGUCUUGGGAGUGAAAGGAGAGCCUGGUACAGAAGAAGGCUCAGCCUCUUUCCCAAAGGAGAAGGAUCUGAAUGUCUUCUCUCUCCCUGUUACCUCACUGGUGGCUUGUAGCUCCACAGACCCAGCUGCCCUCUGUAAAUCAGAGGUGGGGAAAACACCCACCCUAGAAGCGCUGUUGCCCGAAGAUUGUAACACUGAGGAGCCUGAAAAUGAAGACUUCCGCCCUUCCUGGUCUCCCUCAAACCUCCCCUUCCGCACAGACAAUGAAGAGGGCUGUGGGGUGGUGAAGACCUCUCAGCAGAAUGAGGAUCGGCCCCCUGAAGAGUCUUCGUUAGAACUCCCUCUGGCAGUGUGACAGGUCCUGGAGGUCCUGCCUCUUACCCAUUCUCUAUUUAUUCCCUUAUUUUAUCUAACGCCAUUUCAAAACAAAACUGUGGAAGCAGCUGCUGCUCCCAUGUUAUUAUUGGGAUCUUUGGGGAAUAGGUGGGAAAGGAUUGUUUGAGUAUUUUUUAAAAGGGAAACAGUACCAAGGAGACCAGCCCCAGCUUGACCUGGGGAUAGUCUUGGGGCAGAGAAGGCUGCAUAGUGCUGAACACUGAGCUUUCUGGGCCGCUGGAACAAAGAACUAGGAUCUCACAGGAGAAGCUGGGUAACUCAAGCAGCUAUCCUUUCUGUAGGGACCAGAACAAGAGAUUUGAAGAGCAUGGCAAAGCCCCUUCUCUCCCAAGCCCCAGCAGAGUACAAGCUCGUUUUUCUCAGUGGUUAUUCUGAUACCCCAUUUUGGUGUGUAAUAAUACUUCAACUGGAAAGUCACCUGGUUAAGUCUAGGGAGAAGGGAGUGGAAGGGUCUCUGCUUCUGUACAAAAUCUCCAGGAUUUACAAAAGUUUAACCUGGCGUCCUUCAAUCUCCUAUUUGGUGAAUAAGUUAAUAUUUGACAUGUUUGGUGUUCUCUGACCUGUUCCCCACACUGGGGAUUCCGGGUCUGUAACUUGAAUUGCUUCUUCCACGUUCUUAUGUACUAUAGUUCAACUUGUCUGUGUGUCUUUUUUUCCCUGCAUCAUUUUUCCUUUGGAGAAAAAAAGCUGGAUUGGCUGGGGAUGUGGUACAAAGAGCCUGAGCCUUCUGUAUGUGUCUGACACUAGUACUGUCAGGCAGCUUUAGGCUGGAGCUUACCCAUCCCACAGGAGGCCUAUGUGUAGCAUUAACUGUGGCCAAAGCGGGCAGUGGAAACAGGCUGCUUGCUACCUGGAAAGAUGACUUAUUUGUGCCGUGCUUGUUUUUUCACCCAGGUUCUUCCCUCUUUGUGAGAUCUGAGCUUUAAUGGAAUGUAGGAUGUGGCAAUCUUAAAAGUCACCAACCAGUUUUUGUUCUUUUUUCCCAUAUCUACCUUCAUGGUCCUUCUUCGACAUACCCAGUUAGAGAGUUCUUACACUGUUCCAGUUCAAUUCCAAGAACUGCAGAUGUUUAUUGAACCCCUCCAUCUUGAUGAUAUGUAAAAAUUUGAAGCCAAACCAGUUCUUAAAUGCCACAUGCAAUUCCUAGAUUCCAGAGGCUUCAAGUUCUAUUUAUAACCUUUGAAGUGUAUAGAAUGGAACUUACUCAGUUUGAUUCAGUUCAUACCUCUAUCAGGGGAAUACAGUUCCUAUUCAUCCUAAGUUCUAAGAUCUCCCCCACUGAACACCACUGAUUCCUUUUAUUAGCAAAGUGAUCUUUGUCUCUGCUCGAAAACGUAGGGAGUAGGGAGCAAAACUGUUCCUCUCAAGCAUCCUUUACCCCAUACUUCACUUCUGAUAUGGUUUAUUACCACAAAAGUGAAAAACAGUGUGUUGUGGGGAGUCAGGGGGGAGACACUACUACUACUUAACUUGCUCAUAAAGCCUUUUCUGGUGGGAUUUAUUAAGGCCCUGGUGUCCUACAGAAAUCAUCAUGUAUGUCACAGCAGCAUUUCACCCCCAAAUUAAACUCUUGAGCCUGAAAGGAUUUGUAUUUAAUACACAUACAUCUUUUAGUUUAUUCUGCCUUUCCUAUUCAUUCCAGUUUGUGCUUGGUUUUAUGUUUGGAGGGGACAUAAGUACAUAGGUCCUUAUCUCUCCCCAUCCCCUAGCCUCAUGACACAGAGUUGAGAGUCUUAAGUACCUUAGAUCUAGAAAUUCUCCAGAACUGAGCUAUACUCCCCAUUAGACUGGUACCCUCAAACAAAGCUUAAUUGGGAAUUUCGCUUUAUGGAGAAAAUAAUCUUUUUCAAAGUUGGUGUUGGAAAGGGAGGGUAAGGUCUGCACACUGCCUCUGCAGGAAGGCUCCAGUUUAGAUUCCAGCUGCACAAGGAAGAACACAUUAGCUUUUUGGAUCAGACCAGCAGUAUGAAUCUAUAAUUAUUAAGCUCAUUGCCAACCCCCAAGAUAUUUGACGUUUCUGAAAACCUGUAGUUUCUUCAUCUAAGUCCAUCCCUUCAUUAACUCUACAAUUGUGACUCACACUGAUCCCAAACUUUUGAGUGCUAAAUAUUAACAUUUAGCAUUAACUGUCUUGUCAAGCAAAAGGCUUCUACAACCUAGUCCAUCUCACUUCUGGUGCUACCUGAGUUGGAUAGAAUUCUAGCUCAUGGUUGCUAGGAAAGCUAGGCCUCUGGUCAUAGAGCAGAUAGCUUCAGUCCCAGUCUAGGCCUAGAUGAAAGAAAUGACUCAAUACAACACUUAUUAUUUUCCAAUUUCCUUUCUCACAUACUGUACACAGGUAGUAGUUUCAAUGUGAAUCCAAAGCUUGUCUGGUUCUCUGAAAACAAUUUUUUCCCCUUUAGGUUCUUUACAUUGUGAUAAUGCUGUAUUUAAAGAGAAUAUUUAAAUGUAAUAUUAAAGAACUAUUCAAAAGAA